UGUGACCUUUUAAUGAUUAAACUCACUUACCUAUGAGCCUUCAUUUUCUAGCCCAUGUCAUAUUUGUACCAGACCUCAGGUGAAAAUUGCCGUUUGACCCUCCUCUACAAAACAGCAAAAUACUUGUAAAUAUUCAUCCUUGACAUUUAUUUUGGCUUUCACCCCUGCACACGUUUAUCUUUCUUCAGAAAAAAAAAUAUUAACAAAAUCAAACAUAGCAAGGAAGCUCUGGUUGAGCUGACACUGAAUGAGCCACAGAACUGGACCCUAACAAGGAUAUUGAAGAUCAGAUUUAAGAAUUACUGUAAUUCAUGGCUUAAUAAUUUUCAUUGUAUUCAUUUUAUUAACGACCAGCCUACGUUAUUAAAUAGAUGCAAACACAUUGUAAUCUUUGGGCCACUCAUGGUAAUCUACUAUUUAUCUUCGUUAUGCACAAUUUGACCCAGUUAAUUUAUAAGCCUGAAUGUAUAGUCUACAAUUACAUUGCGCUUCAGUUAAAGUCUUCUUUAUUUCGGAAUCAACAGAGAUGCAUUUCCAAAGUCUGAAGACUUAAUGUUGCGGACAAUUACGGCAAGCAGCAAGAGACAAAAUGACCUUUAAUAAUCCAUACUGACUCAUAAACCAGCAGCGGUCUGCUUACAAUCAGCUAGUCAGUUAAUGAGGGAAUGUGUUCGUCCUGAUGUCAGUGAGGCUGUAACUACACGUAAUGUUUUAGUGGAAUAAUAUAGACCCCCCUCCUAAUAUAUUUCAAUUCAAGAAAUAUCCUCAUGCUUACAAAUGAAGAAAAUAACCAACGUGAAAGAUUUGUUAACGCAGACGUUUGUUUUAAGGAAUAAAUGUCACCCAGGCUUGCCACAGACAAAGCGGAGCUCUUAGCUUCUUCUCUUUUUUUUCAAAUUCAAUUAACCUGUGACGCUGACCCGCCUCGGCGCGAGGGCUCGGCGCGGUCCGGCGCUCUGAUCUCACGCGCAAGCGUUGAUUUAUCUGUCUGUUAACGCGGGCGAGCAGGCGCGCGCCGCGCUCUGCGCGAGGUCCACAUGACGUGAAAGAGCAAGGAUAUUCCUUCAGGACAGUUUGAGGGUUACUUCUGCACCUGGAUGCGAGCAGAGAGUGAGAACUCGACGAAAAAGAUCGCGCAGGUGUUCGGCAGCCCGAGCCUCGCGAAGAAUGCAACUUCUCACCUGCGCAUGAGAGGCUGCUGGCCUAUGAAUGGGACUGUGCUGUGGCCAACACUGCUUUUUGUACUUCAGUCAGGACUAUGUGCUGCCCAUGUGCCGCUCUGAAUGCACUGGCCAGCUGUUUGCGAGAGCAGGGAGGGUGGGGCGGCCCACCGGGGGCGAGGUGGAAACAGGGCAAUGCCCCCUCCGUUCCGGAUCGCGGUGCUGGGAGCGCAGGGGGUGGGCAAGACGGCCAUUGUGCAGCGCUUUCUUCACGAUGACUACAGUGAGGUGGCGGUGUCCAGUAAGACACGGAGGAUGCAUCUUUCUGCCGCAGUGCUCAAUGGUCAUGUGCAUGACCUUCAGAUCACAGAUUAUCCAGCCAUCAGCAGCUUUCCUGUCAGCUCUCUACAGGAAUGGUCAGAUGUUUGCUGUCGAGGCAUUCGGAGCGCUCAUGUCUACGUUCUGGUUUAUGACAUCUGCUGUUUCGACAGCUUUGAGUACGUCAAGACCAUGCGGCAGCAGAUCUUAGAGACAAGAGUCAUGGGCUCUGGAGAGGCGCCCAUUCUGAUUGUCGGCAACAAGCGUGAUCUGCAGCGAGGUCGCGUCAUCCCUCGACACAGCGUAUCUGACUUAGUCCGAAAGAGCUGGAAGUGUGGAUAUGUGGAGUGCUCUGCCAAGUUCAACUGGCACAUUUUACUGUUGUUCGGAGAGGCUCUCCGCAGCGUGGGUUGUGCCCGCUGCAAGCACGUCCAUGCCACCAUCCGCUUCCAGCGGGCACUCAGGAGAGAGAGAUGCGUCCUGAUGUGAGGUCGCCAUUUCUCUUCUACAGAGCCCUUUCUAAAAGCGGUUUAUGGCUAUAGACACUCCAUUAUUGUGUGGGCAGCUGGAAGAGCUGUGAUAACCCUCAUGCCAAGGAACUUAACAUUUGGGAUUCUAACUAUGGACAGACAGAUGUGGUCUUAUAAUAAGUCCCUGUUGCUUCAUUACUUAAGCCUUCAAACUGAUGUCUCCGCUUUUGGCCUGGAAGAACACAACCAACAUCUCUGCCUCUUAACUUAGAAAUCCAAACUGAAAGGCAACAAAACUCAGCUUUAAUAUUACAUUAUUACACCUGCUUACGUUCAGGCCAGGACAGCACAUAGAUGCUCCUCUAUGCUUAUGAGCUUAAGGAUCUUCCAGUUCCUGCAAGCAGAAGCGUUUCCCAGCUCAGGUGCCGUAUGCAGGCACUGAUUCUGCAAUACACCACACGACACAAAUUAUACAAAGAAUCUAUGGAUACUUCUGUGUUUUUGAAGGGAUAGUUCACUGACAAGUGGCAUGAUUUACUCACCUCUGUGUUGUUUCAAAUUCGACAGACUGUCAUUUGUGGAACACAAAUUUGAUUAAUGUACCUGUCCCUCUUUUCCAUGUAGUUACAUACAAUGGGGAGCUUUCAAGCUCCGAAAGGGAAGCAAAAAAAUGGCAUACUGCACAAAUAACAUACAUAAGCUUUAUAAAUGGGUAUCCACCAAAAAGCUUCCUCUUUAGUGAGCUGGAGGAGCUGUGAUAACCCUCUUCUGCAGCCGGAGCUGAACUCAAACCAGGGGCCUCAACUGUGAGCUAAAAUGUUACAUAGAAACUGUCCUAGAUUUAAUCAUACGAUCAUUUUUCUAAUUUGCACGUGUGUUAUUCAGAGAACAAACGCAUAAACAGAAAACAUGCAUACGCUUCUCGUUCAGAUGUUACAUUUUUAUAUUGCAAACGAUCUUGAAAAUUGUGCACGUAAACUUGUAAACGUAGCCUAAUUAAUGUCAUUAACAUAUAAUAAGAGCAAUCUACAUACAAAUCCUUUACUUGAGAAUGAAGAGCGGCAAGAAUCUCUUAAAUAUCUAGUCGGACGCUGAAAAGUGCAUACGUCUGCUGUGACACUGGUAAUAAUCAUUUUUCCACAGCAAAGACCAUUUUUAUUGAUCUGAAAGUUGGUGUGGAUUUUGGCGUACACAACCUUUUAAAAUAGUUUUGUGAAUCAGAUCAACCUAUUGAUUGAAAAGAUCUAAUAAAGGCUCAUCAUUUGGACAUUGCUACUUCCAAGAGCUUAGGUAGAUGUACAGUUUUUCACUGAAUAACAACUUGAAUUUCUGUUUGUGAUACAAAGCUCUUUAAUAGCUUUAUAAGACUUGCAAUAUAGGGUAGUACAGUAUUAUUUCAGCAUUAUUUUUAUAGUAUUAUAUUCAUUCAGAUUUUGAAUUAAUUUCUAUUUUUAUAUUUUCAGUGUUUAUUCUUUUAUUAGUAAUUUUAUAGUAUAUUAGUA